UGUUGUUCUCGAUGCAGAACGGGAACGGCGGCUGAUUUGAUUACAGUAGUAGCCUUUUUUUAGCUUUUAGGUUAGUUAGCAUUUAGCUAAUAUCUUGAGAGCGAGUUCCUAACAAAUCUAAUCAACCGACAGUAAGAAGGGGACUUUAAAUGGCUUACUGGAUCUGCUGCAACUCCUGCUUCCUUUACCCCAGUACUAACCGGAGAUUAGCUGUAACAACAUGUGGCCAUAUAAUCUGCAGUGUCUGCCAUCAACAAGGCACACAAGGAAAAUGUUUGAUAUGCAACACCAAGUGCCAAGUGUCACCUCUCUCUGAUACGAGCAGCUCAGAGGUGAAGGCCUUGUUUUCUGACAUCAAUGUUGUGGCAACCAAACACUUGGCAGAAAUCAGAAAAGUUAUGAUGUUCCAGACAAGACAUAACAGUAGACUGUUGAGUUUCUACCAGCAAAGGAAUGAGAAACUGGAGGAGGCAUUAGUCAAGAUGAGACAUGAAAUACAGCAAAUGUCAAAGAAGCUGAAUGAACAGAGUGCCUACAUCUCAAAGCUAGAAAACUGUCUUCAGCAUCAGAGUGUCAAAGCUUCAUCAGGGUCUCAGAGGAGCUACAGUACUCCACACGGACAUAAACCAGUCUUACAGAUCCCAUACAACUCUCCCGUGUGCCUUUCACGGCACUCCUCGUCCACAAACGUCAAUGAAAACAUGGCAGCUGAUGAACGAUUCAGGAAACCUCAGUCUGUGCCGCGACUGUCAUUAAUUAGUCUUCCGCGAGAUGAACACAUGGGCACACGCCCUCACAGGUCGUCCAGUCAGAACAUACUGACCAAUCACAUGGUCCGCUCAUCAACAGUCAGUCAUUCUCACGGAGCACCAGCGACGCCAGAGUUUUCAUUUGGACUGAGUUCUGGAUGGACGUCUCCCAUCUUCAAAGCCCCCACCUCCUUCAGACACUCCAUGUCCUCGCUGCUCUGCCCUCGUCCUUAACAAACACACAGGCAGCAACUGACGCACAAAGCCUCAAGACCAAAAAUGUCCACUGUCGUCACUCACUGUCGGCCUGAGACACAAACAUUCACACAAGGAUAAACAGAUUUUAGCCACUUAACAAAAGGCUUUCUUACUCUACAGCAUCUUAGACAUGCAUUUGCUGCUUUAUUUCACCUUUUAAAAGAACUUUUGCAACUGGAAACUGGAGUUUGUAAACCACUUACUCUCCUGCUCCAAAGUCCAUAGAGAAAUCAGCAUUUUUAGCUCAGUGGGACACAGGAGCUGCUGGUCCUCUGCUGCUUCAUUUGGUAAGUGUUGAGAUUUAUUUGAUUGACAAAGUUCAAACACUGAAGUCGCACAAAAAGAACAUUCAAACCUACUGACGGAGGUAACAGUCGAUCAACAACUCUUGGGUGCUGUGAUGUAAAAUGACUGUUUUUCUCUAUGGACUUUGGUGUGGGAGAUGGAGCUUGUUUACAGAGUGACACAGACUUCAGUUUCCAGUCAGAAAAAGACUGUCUAACACUGACAAACAUUAUUCUUAAGAUAUCGUAGAUGUAAGCAGGCAUGGAUUCAAUGAGCCUCGCUGACUGAAAACAACUAAAUACAAAAUCUGUCGCAGCCUAAAUUCACAGUCCUCUUUGUGAGUUUUAUCCAACAACCCAGGUUUCAUAGAGACUAUUAAACUGACUCAGUUUGAACUUCUGCCACAAUUUAACUGUAU